UUGAAAGAAGUAUAGCUUCAACUUUUUCUUUCUUCUACUCUUUUCUUCUUUCUUCUUCAAUCUUGUUAGUAUACGAACAUGGAAUCUGAAGGAGUGUCACUACCAUUGAUCCACGAGCAUGUUAUGAUGCCUUGGAAUGAUCUGAGGAAAGGUGAUUGUUGUGGACGCUUUGAAGGUAUCAGUGAUGGCUACUACUGCAAAAGCUGUGACUUCUUUGUUCACAAAGGUUGUGGCGACUCCUCCGAAUAUAUUGAGCACCCAUCUCACUCUGUUCACACUCUUAAGCUUCUAAUUAAAGGAAGUCGGGGAUGUGAUUUAUGUGGACGGGCUACCAAUGAUGUAAUGUAUCAUUGUGAGAUCUGUCACUUCGAUGUAGAUCUAUACUGUGCAAGGUACCCACCACCAGAUGUUCUUGACAUUUACGAAACACAUCACCACAAGCUCACCAUUGUCAAGGACAAGGAGCUGAACGAGUUCGAUUGCGCAAAAUGUGGGAAGGUUUGGUGUGAGUUUCCUUACAAAUGCCAUGAAUGUGAUUUAGCCUUCCAUGUGGAUUGUGUAUGGAAUCCGUCGAAGGAGAAAUACCCAUCAGAGGUAAACCACUCUUACCAUACUUUACACCCUCUUAAGCUCUACACAGGUCAACCUCCAGACUAUUCUGAUGGUAAAUGUCGUCUUUGCGGAAGAGCGGUUGAGGAUUCCUUUUAUCAUUGUUCUGUUUGUAACUUCAGCUUGGAUAUGGGUUGUGUUUUCAAUACACCACAACAAUUUGUUAUGGAUUUGAAAGCUCACGAUCACCAACUCAUUUUUCGUCCAAGGCUUGAUUCUUUUACAUGUAAUGCGUGCGGGUUGAGUGGAGAUCGAAGCCCUUACAUAUGUGUUCAAUGUGAUUUCAUUAUACAUCAAGAGUGUCUUGCCCUUCCGCGCCUCAUAAACAUCAAUCGGCAUGAUCACCGUGUUUCUCGCACUUCUGUUCUCGGUAUUGUGAAUUCUGUAUGUGGAGUUUGUCGCCAGAAAGUGGACUGGACUUGGGGCGGAUAUUCUUGUCAGAGGUGUCCUAAAUAUGUCGUUCAUUCGAAAUGUGCUACUAGAUAUGAUGUGUGGAACGGGAAAGAACUCGAAGAUAUACCUGAAGAGAGGGAAGAUAUAGAGCCAUAUGUGGUAAUAGAUGACAACACAAUACAACAUUUCAGCCACAAAGAGCAUUACCUAAGAUUCCACGAUAAUGGUCUAGUUUUGGAGGAAGACAAGCGGUGCAACGCUUGCACCCAUCCCAUUUGUCUCCAAGCCUUCUAUAGUUGUAUCGAUUGUGAUUUCACUCUUCACCAAAACUUUGCUAAAUCUCCCAGAAAGAAAUGGCAUGUGUUACACAAUGACCGUCUUACUUUGGUAACAAGCGUGGCUGAUGAUUACUUUCAUUGUCACGCUUGUUAUAGACUGUCCAAUGGUUUCAUGUACCAGUGCGGGUAUAGGGAGUUAGAUAUUCUGUGCGGUUCAGUUUCAGAACCUUUUGUCCAUCCAAGCCAUCCCCAACAUCCUCUAUACUACAUUCCAUCAAAGGAAAUACGCACAUGCAAUGGUUGCAACAAUAGGUUAUCAUAUCCUGUGCUUACGUGCAUUGAAAGUGGUUGUGACAUUGUCUUAUGCUUCCAUUGCGCCACUUUACCACAAAAGGUAAAGCAUAGAGUAGACGAUCAUCCUCUCUCACUAUGUUAUGGGGAAGAGGCCAUUGGGAAAUAUUGGUGUGACAUUUGCGAGAAAGAAACGGAUCCAAAGACAUGGUUCUACACUUCUAAAGAUGACAGAGCUAGUUUGCAUAUAAAGUGCGUGCUGGGAGACUUUUCAGGGCUCAUGCCAGGAAGCACGAUAAAGUUUUAUGACAAAUCAUAUGAGGUGGUUCUCAACAAUAGUAUAUCUCGUCCAUUUUGCAGCCGGUGUGAGUUACGUUGCAUUGUUCCUAUCAUCUUGAAGAAACCAAUUGAAGUAGAAUACAUUUGCUCUUACUACUGCUUAUAUUAUAUAAGUAGAUGA